CUCCAUCCCUCCAUUCAGACGGUGGACAUCCACAAGGAGAAGGUGGCACGGCGAGAGAUCGGCAUCCUGACCACCAACAAGAACACGUCACGCACGCACAAGAUCAUCGCCCCAGGCAACAUUGAGCGGCCGGUCCGGUACAUCAGGAAGCCCAUCGACUACACGCUGCUGGACGACGUGGGCCACGGUGUCAAAGUAAGAGUCCCCUAUAUUUGGGGGCGGCAGGUAGCUUAGUGGUUAAGAGCGUUGUGCCAGUAACCGAAAGGUCGCUUGUUCUAAUCCCCAAGCCUACUAGGUGAAAAAUCUGUCGAUGUGCCCUUGAGCAAGGCACUUAACCCUAAUUGCUCCUGUAAGUCGCUCUGGAUAAGAGCGUCUGCUAAAAUGUAAAUGUAUAUUUAAAAGAAAAAGUCACAGUGUCAAAAUAAGAGCCCCCCUCUCUGUCUGUGUUUCAAAGUAAAAGCCACAGCGUCAAAGUAAGAGCCCCCCCCCCCCCCCCCCCCCCCCCCCCCCCCCCCCCCCCCCCCCCCCCCCUCUUAAAGUAAAAGCAUCCUCAGCCCUAGUGCCUGAUACUGACAUUUUCAGGAAAAAAACCUAUUCUGUAUGUAAUACUGCAGUGACGUCGCCAGUAUCCAUGCUGGCUUCGGCUUACACCCUUCAUUGCAUUGAUCAACUGGAGUCAUUAAUUAGUUAGACAUCAUUCUCAGAUGUGUACUAGUCCUUGUAUAAAUCAAUUUCCAUGAGAGGCAAACACACAAUUAGCACCAGAUUCACACCUGGAACAGUCAUGUAAUUGGUCUGUCUAGCCAUUUUAUUAAAAUGUAAUUACUUCCACUUAAUCAAAUCAAGCUAAUCAAUAAACUGCCCUUUUAGUUAAUGAAGUGCAGUAGGGCGUGUGAAGAUUUAACAUAACACUGUAACUGUCAGUGUAGUAGGCGAAGCCAUCAGUGGUUACAAGCUUGGCUCCUCUAACCUCUGUCGGUGUCCAAGAAUUCUAUGAGGUUACCAGCUGGGAAGUCUGUGUGUGCUGGGGUGUACGAGCAUGUGUGUGUGUAGACAAGUGUGUAAGAGCGAGACCGACAGAGCACGAUCUGACGGCAUCAUAUCCCCCAUGAAUUGUGGGAAAAUAAUCUUUCAGCGCUCUUCCGGCUCCGUCUUCACUUUUAUUCUCCCUCCCUUGGAUCUCUCUCUCUCUCUCUCUCUCUCUCUCUCUCUCUCUCUCUCUCUCUCUCUCUCUCUCUCUCUCUCUCUCUGAGCUUGUUGUGUGUAUUGGUUGCUGCCUGUCAUUGAUAGUCAUUUAUUUGCCAUGGUGUGCUAUGCAUGAAUGAAUCGCUCUAUUACUCUUGCUGUGACUGUGUCUUAUGUUAGAUAAUGAGUUUGUUUGUUGAUAUUCUUCUAACAUCCGCUGCAAAGCAAUUGUAACCAAAAUAGGCCCUAUUCACACAUUUGUCUUAGUCUCAUGAUACAAAUGGAUUGAGAAUUUGCAGCAAUACAAAUUAGCAAAAGGAUACAUGCAUAUGGUAUGUAGAAUAUCUGUCCACUAUAUUGGGGUUUCCUAUAGUGACCAAAUUUACAAUAUGACUUCUCGGUCUACACUGUGGUACUGUAGUAUUAAUGUAUUCCAGCUACUCAAUAACACAAAGAGGUCAUGACCCCCGAUGACAUCAUAUGGGGUAUUUUUCUUCUGACCUUUUCUUCUUAUCUUUUUGACUACAAAACGAACAAAAGUUUCAAAAUUUUCACAUAUGUAGAAACUAGUAAGUCGCUGAAGAUAAUGAAUAUGAUGUUAAAAAGUGGUGAAGUGCGCCUUUAAGAUAGCUUUCUGUAGCAGACACAGGAAACCAUUCAGAUUCAUGCUUCUCAGGACUCAAUAGUGCAAUGUACUGAAUCUGGUGCACCUCCAUUUUGAUUUCUCGGGUUUCACUGUGUCUACUUCACGGCUGACAGUCAGACAGAGAGGGAGCCCUCUCAGAUUUCCCCUUUCUCCACCGAAACACACGUGUGUGUUAAUAAUUCAGAGCCAUUGAUAUCAGCCCAGUGCCAGUACAGCCACACUAGUCUGAUGUAUGUAUAUGUGUGUGUGUGUGUGUGUGUGUGUGUUUAGGUGCAUAUUCCAUUAAAUAUAGACAUUUUAAUGCUGAUGAGGCCCGAAUGGUUGGAUGUGUGUGUGUGUCUUUGGAUGUAUGUUUAAGCAGACUUGUGUAGAAUGAGUACCGUGUGUGUGUGUAUGUUAUGUAUGGGAUUGGUGAAAAAUCUGUCGAUGUGCCCUUGAGCAAGGCACUUAACCCUAAUUGCUCCUGUAAGUCACUCUGGAUAAGAGCGUCUGCUAAAUGACUAAAAAUUUAAAAAUGUAAAAUGUGUGUGUGUGUGUGUGUACCUCAUGUACUGUAUGUAUAAGUGUGUGCGCGUGUGAACAGCUCAUUAGCCCAGCUUAUUAGCCCAGCUUAUUAGCCCAGCUCAUCCUCACAGCCUAUUUCCCUCUCGUUAGGGCAGGAGAAGUCCCCAGGGGCUCACCUUGGACAAUGAAUACCAAAUCACUCUCCUCGCAUCCCGGUUACCAUGGUAUCCCCCCCACCAGUCAUUACUGACAGACAGUUGCCCCUGGAGAUGGAGGCGUGUGUCAGAUACUUCCCCCUACAAACACAUCCAAAGUGACAGCCGAGGGAGCUUCACAACAAUUAGGAAUCAGGAGACAUUUUAGAGUGACAGAGUAGUCGACUGUCACCAGUUACUGUAAACGCAAGUCAUGUAUUAGAUCUCACUGACUGGCUGACUACUACAGCUAGCUUCCAGUAGAAUCCAAGUCAGGCAUUUGACAGACUGAACUGUGAGCUAUCUCAAUUAGGGAGCAGGAUUUAACGGGAGCUAGCAAUCGGGGGGCCAGUAUGAAAAUGUAUGCACUCACUAACUGUAAGUCGCUCUGGAUAAGAGCGUCUGCUAAAUGACUAAAAUGUAAAUAUAAAAUCAAUAUUAGGUGUUGGAUAAAUAGAACCAUCUGAUAUCGUCAAAUAGGAGUCAGAGGUUACAGUUCGAUAUUCAGGCUAAUUCAUGGUCGUAAUCAUUGAGAACUCAAGUAUUAACUCUAUUUCUUUUUCAAUUAUAUUUUCACUAUAUUCCUAACUAGAAUAGUUACAAAAUAAUACUCUCUAAUCCAGGGGUUCCGAAAUGUUUUUUGCACACAACUCAAAAUCCCCUGUAGCUCAGUUGGUAGAGCAUGGCGCUUGCAACGCCAGGGUUGUGGGUUCGUUUCCCACGGGGGGCCAGUAUGAAAAUGUAUGCACUCACUAAGUGCAUGUAAGUCGCUCUGGAUAAGAGCGUCUGCUAAAUGACAAAAAUGUAAAAUUGAUACUAGAAAAUGCAUGGUACCCCGCUUGGAAAAAUAAUAUUCCCUAGCCCUCGUGUUGUCCUCCCAAAUGCCUUACGCCUUUUGUCCUCUGGGGUCAAAAAUGACCCCGCCUGGUUUGACUGUUUAUAAAGCAUACAGUAUACAUUUUCAAUCAAUUCUGUGUUACAUCUUUAGUCUUACUUCUGUUCAACCCAUUACUAGAAUUUUUUUCAUUUGUUUUGGAAUUUAGAGCCAAUAGACCUUGUUUACAUAAAAGUAUACCCUGUUUUUAAGUAAAAAUACAAUGAAACUAUGAAUUAUUUUGACCUAUUAUUAUUUUGACUAUUUGACUUAUCACUGAGUGGUAUUUGUAAAAGUUUAGUGAGGAUGCUGUUUUUGAAUCAUUUUAUUUUUAUUAAUGACAGCCCAUAAUCACACCUUUUGUCCUCUGGGGUCAAAAAUGACCCCGCCUGGUUUGACUGUUUAUAAAGCAUACAGUAUACAUUUACAAUCACUUCUCUGUUUCAACUUUUCAGUCAACUUUAUUCCAACUUAUUACCUGACAUAUAACACAUGUUAUAAUUCAUUUCCAAAACAUUUUCAACUUCAAAACCUAACUUUUUAGUCUGAAUGAGCCCUCAGUUGCAUGCGAGGCAGGUAGUAAUGGCGUGAUCUUUGCAGAUGUAUGCAUUGCAUUUUUGGCACAUUUUGGAUGUUUUGAAAUCACUUCGGCGAGGGCAGAAUUUGCACCUACUCCUUUUGGGUAAUGGGCGAGGAAGGGCUGGUCGGCAUGAGGGAACUGGGAGAGGGGGAGCUGCUGCAGAGGUAGAGCUGGAGGAGACCUGCUGGAUCUCCUUAACCAAUUUGACAGCGGCUGACGUGCGGGGAAUAACCUUGCGUCGCUUGAUGUGAGGUAUCACCAGUUGUCGCCCAAGCUCCUCCAUGAAGAGCCUUCUCUUGUUGUACUUUCCCUGAUUCCAGGCUGGCUUGAUUUCAGACCAUAGGACAAAAGAGUUGUAUGCAGACACGUCGAGAAUGUUGUAGAAGACAACGAGUGGCCAACGGGCUGUCAUUCUUUUGCACGUGUACACACUGGUAACUUUGUCAAGGUUAUCAACACCACCUUUGUUGUGAUUGUAAUCUUCAAUGAUUUUGGGCCUUUUGUCAUCCCUGUUGCUCACAGCAGCAUCCCGAUGCAGAGUGCUCAUCAGAUGAAAAAAUUUCUGUUUUUUGGGGUGAUAUGACACUAGAGCAUGGGUCUCGGUGAAGGCAAACUUCGAUGAGAACCGUGCCCGGUCCUUUUUUGACACCAGAGCAGGGGGAAGCUCAGGCUUAUUCCUCCGUACUGUUCCCACCAUGUACAGCUUUCUUUUCAGCAGCUGCAAGCCAAGAGCAUGUGAAGUAAAAAAGUUGUCACAGGUGAUUGUUUUCCCCCGGAGACCUUCUGUCAUGUCAAGGACAACUCUCAUGCCCUGAUUUUUUUCUGACUGCGCACCAGCCGGUUUGCCAGUGUAUACCUGCAUGUUCCAUGCAUAGCUAGACCUGGCAUCGCAUGCUACCCAUAUUUUUAUCCCAUAUUUCCCUGGUUUACUCGGGAUGUACUGUUUGAAUGGACAGCGACCUCUGAAGGGGACCAGGCGCUCAUCCACAGUCACAUCAGUACCUGGAUCGUACAUCAACGGCAGGAGAGACACCCACUUGUCCCAUACAUCUCGAAUGGGAGCAAGUUUGUCUCGUGCACGGCGAUUUUCUCUUGUGGCUUUAUCAUCAAAUCUAAUCACUCUUGAGAUUUUAUGAAACAUCUUGAGUGUCAUGGUAGCACGGAAAAUUGUCCUACCAGACUCGGCAUGCCAUAAACUAGAUGUAGCUUCCUUACUAGAUCGGUACACGCCAGCAAGAAUCAACACACCCACAUAUGCCUGCAAGUCCAUUUGAUCCAUCUUUCUCCACUUGUUGCCAUAAACGCGUUGCCCCUCCUUGUUUGUCAUGCUCAGCACUGCGUCUUCAAUAGGCUUUGGCAGAAACAGGUCAAAAGUGGACUUUAUGUCAUCAAUCCGAAAACCUUGCAUAUGCAGUUGGACCAUGGUGGCUUGUAUCUCUCUCUGCUGUCAACAUGCGUCGUCGGUCACUGGGAGGGAUGGAAGACCAGAUCAAUGUUUCAUCCUUUGACUGGAAAUAUUCUUCCAUCUCAGCUGGGUCCUCUUCCUCAGAUUCUACCUCAUCUGUUGAUUCUUCAUCUUCAUCAUAAUAGAUGAUGUCCUCCACUUCUGACACUUCUUCCAUUUCAACUUCAGAUUCUACCUCAUCUGUUGAUUCUUCAUCAUAAUAGGUGCAGUGCUCCACUUCUGACACUUCUUCCAUACCAGCUUCAGAUUCUACGUCAUCAUCACGUUCAUCCAUUUCCUUAUAUUCAUAAUCAUCUUCCAUUUCUGCAGCAGGAGAUGUGGGGGAAUCUUCGGAGGAAGAAGUAGCAUGCUGUCUGUAUGUUGGAUCUAUCACCUCAUCAUUAUGUUCCUCCUCUUCUGACCCUGAACCCUCUUCAUCAGUUGAUUCAUCCUCAUUAUGUGCAGCAUUGUCCUCCUGGUCAUUAUUUUCUUUUAUUUCAAAAAUUAUCUUGCAAGCCUCCUGUGCAUUAUAAAACGUCUGCCUCCUCAUUGUGCUGCCUGUCUCUCUCAGACUAUAAUGUGAAAUGCCCAAACACCUGUGAGAAAAUACUUUUUUGUUGUUGUUGUUGUCAUAACCAUUGCUUGACCCCACACAUCAAAGAAACAUGAUCAAAGAUGUUUUGCCAAGCAGUAUGUAAACUUUGUGCUGCGGGGUCUUUUUGACCCCAGAGGACAACAGAAGUUAUUACAUUUAGUAAAACACCCAUAAUUCAAUCAAAUUACUUCAAAUUUGUUUGAAUCAUAAAGAGCAUAGUAUUAAACAACUACCGUUAUUUUCAGACCAAUUGAUGAAUAAAAAACAUAUUUUGUCGGCAAAAGAUUUAAUUUGGGGUCAGAAUGACCCCAGGACAACAGGAGGGCUAGUUAACGCUGUGUUCAUAUUCACUCAAUUAUAUGUCCCGCAGGCUGUCCCAACACACAAUAAUGACAUGAUAGCACAUUCUAAUAGUGUAAAAGGCCCUUAGUUAACACUUAAAGGUUGUUUUCUAUACCCAUUUGAAGAUAAAAAAGUUAUCAGGGAGCCCCGUUUCAAUUUCAGGGUACCUCACAUGGGGUCCCGAUCCCAAGUGGUCCUCUGUAGCUCAAUUGGUAGAGCAUGGCGCUUGUAACGCCAGGGUAGUGGGUUCGAUCCCCGGGACCACCCAUACGUAAAAAUUUAUGCACACAUGACUGUAAGUCGCUUUGGAUAAAAGCGUCUGCUAAAUGGCAUAUUAUAUUAUUAUAAGUUUGGUAACCACUGCUCUAAAUACUGAGCUGUCUUUGUGGUGAUGCUCCCUGCUUUUAAUCAAUGAGCACAAGUGUUAGUCAUCUUUCUUGUCUUAACCAAUAAGCACAAGAGUUCUUACUCUGUCUCCUCCAGCGAGCCCAAGUGUUACUCCUUAGGUCAUACUCUCCUGCUACUCUUAACCAAUGAGCACUGCUGUUGUUACUGUAGUUCUCACUCUGUCUCUUCUCUUAACCAAUGCGCAUGUUGUUUUUUUGUCUCUUUUCUCUUUUUACUGCCUGCACUCAGUGGCUUAAAGCCAAGGUAAGAGCUGCGUUUCUCUCCCUACCCAUGAUGCUUUGGGCCUCUAAGCCCCCAUUACUCUGGAUCGCCUCAUUUCGUAACAUCAGUAUAUGUUGUAUGUAUAUUAAAGCUUUAUGAGAUAAUGUAGUCCUAAUAUAAGGUCCUUGUUAUGUCUCCAAAUGAUCUAAAUUAUCUCUCAAUUAAACAAUACAGAUACUUGUUAUCAAUAUUGACCAUCCAUUUUAUACCAUCACAAGCUAAAUGUUAACUAUAAACUGCGCCAUACUGUAAUGGGAUACUUGCACAAUGCAACAUACAGUAAUUGCCUUUGUAAAGGGUUGAACAUCAGUAGGCCACCUAUGACUGAUUAUCCAUGUUUUUCUUUUUUUAUAGCAACAUGGCAACAACCAGCCAGUGAGGGGAGGAGGAGGGGGGACAUUAUCGAGGACCAAUCCACCGACACAGAAACCCCCGAGCCCGCCCAUGGCUGGUCGUGGAACUCUUGGGUAUGGUAACCAGAAAAUGUGUGUGUGAGUGUUUGAGCUUGUGUUGUGCUGAUGUACUCUUAAGUUAUUGUUGUGUUUGUGCACGUGUGUGUUUUCUUAACGUGCAAAAUGUUAUUGGUGUGUGUUGUGUUGACAUGCGCUUAAUGUUCUCCAUGUGUGUGUCCUCUCCAGGCGAAAUAAGACCCUGGAGCCAGUCAAGCCUCCAACGGUGCCCAACGACUAUAUGACCAGCCCAGCACGACUAGGCAGCCAGCACAGCCCUGCACGCACGGCCUCCCUCAACCAGAGACCCAGGACACACAGGUAACACACACUGCCCACCCCUAAUUUGCAGUGGGCCAUUGGUGUGUUUGUGCCCAGGUGUGUGUGUUAGUGUGUUUUACACCUUUCAAACCAAGACGUUGUGAAGCCGACUUUAGCGUGCCGCCAACUUUUUGCCGACUUUUCUUUAUAUCUGAAAGGUAUUGCCGGCAACAAAGCCUGCAUGGUUGACCAAUGAGCACAGUUCAUCUUGUCAACCAAUCAAACAAUGUUUUAAUGACAACAUUCGAGCUGACAACAACCGGGACUGCUGGUUUCUACACACGGUAGGGGGAUUUCUCUCGCAGCCUUCAUUUGAUUAAAAACCAAGCAUAGCCUCCCCUCCCCUCAAUGAAGGCUGGAUUUUUUUGUCCUGACCAAUGCGUUCGCCAAGUAGCCAAGCUUAUCAAUAAAGGGUUUGGCUGGUGAGAUUGCUUUGAAAUAAUUAUUGAUCGCCAAAGCUUUAUUAAAAUAUCAAGUUUGUGAGCAGCAAAACAGUGAGGACAUCCCCUUUUUACCUGUAGGCCUUCAUUAUUGUAUCUAGCUCCAGUUUUUUUCCUUUAACAAUUGCUUGUUUUUUGUUUCAUAUGAUUAAAAACCAAGCCUUCCGCAGGCUACCCUUACUGUAGGCCUUGAAUCGGCAACUGGCGGCCCGCCGGCCCCGGACUCAGUUCGGGGUUUCAACUUACUUUUGAGAGUUAUAUUAAUAGAAUACACAAGGUGCAAUUUCGAAAUGUGGUUGUGCAUCAGCAGUCACUUAAUUAGCCCAUGUCAGCAUUUUUUCUUUUUAGCUUGGUAAGUUAGUCCAUUAUGUUUAUAAGACAUUACAUUUGGGAGCUGUAUAACGUUGAGUGGACAUUCCACCUUUCUCUUGAUAUCGGAUAUUUAUCCAGCUUCUGUGAAAACUUUGGAUGUGGGUAAAACCCUCCAGUCUUAGUUGCCUUAAUAUUAUAUGCCCACGGGGAGCAAUUACAGUGCUUGCAACUGUAUUGAGACAUAGCCUAUUUAAAACAAGUUGUUGUUUUGUUUUUAUUAGAAUUUGAUUAUAAUUAUUCACUGUCUUUUUAGGCCUUAUCAAUAGUAAAUGUUAUCUUGCCUAUUGACAACAUUUGGCAUACCCAUGGCUUAGCCCCUAUAUCAGUGCGAAUGCUAUGUACAGUUGAAGUCAGAAGUUUACAUACACUUAGGUUGGAGUCAUUAAAACUUGUUUUUCAACCACUCCACAAAUUUCUUGUUAACAAACUAUAGUUUUGGCAAGUCGGUUAGGACAUCUACUUUGUGCAUGACACAAGUAAUUUUUCCAACAAUUGUUUACAGACAGAUUAUUUCACUUAUAAUUCACUGUAUCACAAUUCCAGUGGAUCAGAAAUGUACAUACACUAAGUUGACUGUGCCUUUAAACAGCUUGGAAAAUUCCAGAUAAUUAUGUCAUGGCUUUAGAAGCUUCUGAUAGGCUAAUUGACAUAAUUUGAGUCAAUUGGAGGUGUACCUGUGAAUGUAUUUCAAGGCCUACCUUCAAACUCAGUGCCUCUUUGCUUGACAUCAUGGGAAAAUCAAAAGAAAUCAGCCAAGACCUCAGAAAAAAUAUUGUGGACCUCCACAAGUCUGGUUCAUCCUUGGGAGCAAUUUCCAAAGGCCUGAAGGUACCACGUUCAUCUGUACAAACAAUAGUACGCAUGUAUAAACACCAUGGGACCACGCAGCCGUCAUACCGCUCAGGAAGGAGACGCGUUCUGUCUCCUAGAGAUGAACGUACUUUGGUGCGAAAAGUGCAAAUCAAUCCCAGAACAACAGGACCUUGUGAAGAUGCUGGAGGAAACAGGUACAAAAGUAUAUUUAUCCACAGUAAACGAGUCCUAUAUCGACAUAACCUGAAAGACCGCUCAGCAAGGAAGAAGCCACUGCUCCAAAACCGCCUUAAAAAAGCCAGAUUACGGUUUGCAACUGCACAUGGGGACAAAGAUUGUACUUUUUGGAGAAAUGUCCUCUGGUCUGAUGAACAAAAAUAGAACUGUUUGGCCAUAAUGACCAUCGUUAUGUUUGGAGGAAAAAGGCAGCGGCUUGCAAGCAGAACACCAUCCCAAUCGUGAAGCACGGGGUGGCAGCAUCAUGCUGUGGGGGUGCUUUGCUGCAGGAGGGACUGGUGCACUUCACAAAAUAGAUGGCAUCAUGAGGAAGGAAACGUAUGUGGAUAUAUUGAAGCAACAUGUCAAGACAUCAGUCAGGAAGUUAAAGCUUGGUCGCAAAUGUGUCUUCCAAAUGGACAAUGACCCCAAGCAUACUUCCAAAGUUGUGGCAAAAUGGCUUAAGGACAACAAAGUCAAGGUAUUGGAGUGGCCAUCACAAAGCCCUGACCUCAAUCCUAUAGAACAUGUGUGGGCAGAACUGAAAAGCGUGUGCAAGCAAGGAGGCCUACAAACCUGACUCAGUUACACCAGCUCUGUCAGGAGGAAUGGGCCAAAAUUCACCCAAUUUAUUGUGGGAAGCUUGUGGAAGGCUACCCGAAACGUUUGACCCAAGUUAAACAAUUUAAAGGCAAUGCUACCAAAUACUAAUUGAGUGUAUGUAAACUUCUGACCCACUGGGAAAGUGAUGAAAUAAAUAAAAGCUGAAAUAAAUCAUUCUCUCUACUAUUAUUCUGACAUUUCACAUUCUUAAAAUAAAGUGGUGAUCCUAACUGACCUAAGACAGGGAAUGUUUACUAGGAUUAAAUGUCAGGAAUUGUGAAAAUCUGAGUUUAAAUGUAUUUGGCUAAGGUGUAUGUAAACUUCCGACUUCAACUGUAUGUAUUUCCAUAUUCAAGCCAUGCAAUUACUUAGAAUAAUGUGGACUGCUAACAUUCUCAACAUAUUGAGCAAAGAUAGCUCAUAAUUCCUGCAGUGAAAAUAGCAAAAAUAUUUUCUGACACCCCUGGACCUAUAGCGCUACCGCCAGUGCUAAGAUUGACCAUUGCGUUAGGUUUGUUAAAAUAGAGCCCAUUAUGUUCUACAGCUGUACUGUGAUAGGAGCUCACGCUGACAAUAUAAUUACAGAUUGUCUGACACUCUCUCUCUCUCUCUCUCUCUCUCUCUCUCUCUCUCUCUCUCUCUCUCUCUCUCUCUCUCUCUCUCUCUCUCUCUGUGUGCAGUGGCAGCAGUGGGGGUAGCGGCGGGCGAGAGAAUAGCGGUGGCAGCAGCAUAAGUGUUCCUCUGGCCGUGCCCACUCCCUCCCCUCCCAGCCUGGGACCAUGUGAGCCCAGCGAUACAUCUCCUUUAGCUUAGCUUUGUAUUUAACUAGCCAUUCUGUUAUUGUAGCUUCUUUGCUAGCUUAGUAUUUAGGUGCCCAUUCUAUUGAAUUAGCUUCUCUUUUAGCUUAGCUUAGCAUUUAUACUUCCAUUCUGUUUGCUUCUCUGUUAGCAUUGUUUAGUUCAGCAUUUAGCUGUCCAUUCUGUCUAAUUAGCUUCUCUGUUAACUUAUUGGUAGCGUAGCAUUUUUGCCCUUUCAUUCUGUUAGCUUAUUAUUAGCCUUUCUGUCUAGCUUCUCUGUUAGCUUAGCAUUUAGCCUUACAUUCUGUCUAGGAUCUCUGGUACCCUAUCUUAGAAUUGAGACUUCCAUUUUGGUACCUUUUCUUCUCUGUUAGCUUAGCAUUUAGCUUUUCAUUCUGUUAUCUUAGCUUCUCAGUUUCUUUAGCUUAGCAUUUAGCUGUCCUUUCUGUUUGACCAAUCUUAUUCCUUUAGUGUAGCAUCUCCUACUUCUAUCAGUCCUGCUUCUGGUUUGUCUUCAACUUAGCAUGUGUCUGUUUAUUGUGUCAGCUAAUCUUUUCAUAUGCAUACGCUUAGCUGCCUAUUUGUUCUGUCAAUUUCGCAUCUCUUUUGGCAUACAGUAGUGUUUGUCUGUUUGUUUUAGCCUCAUAUUAUGCAUCAGUUUUCCAAACAAUUCAGCUGUCCAUUUAGAUCUAGAUUCACAUGCAUAUUUUGAUGAGAUUUUGGCAGCACAGUAUAGCUUCUCAUUGAACUCUUUUUUCUGUCUGGUUGGUUGUUGCACUCAGUCACACUAGCCACAGCUGAGUCGCUUCCAUCCAACCACACACUAAAUAAGUGUGGUUAACACAGGGCCAACUUCAGUGAAUUCACUAACUCACUCACUCUCCUUUCCCUACCUUCUUUCUCCGUACCUCUCUCCCCACCCCAACAACCACAGUGUCAGCAGCAGUCCCCCAAGGCCCAGGCCUGGGUCCCAUUCCCAUGUCCCAGUUUGGCACCAUCUCGCGGCAGGUCUCCCGCCACAACUCCACCACCACCUCAGCCUCCAUGGUGUCGGCCACGGGUACCUACCGCCGAGCGCCCUCCGGCACCUCCCAUUUCUCCAUGUCCCAGCAGCCCCACCUCAACGGGGGCCCCGCCUACCCCCAGAACUCAGGUAAGACCAUGGGAAGAAUUUUCAUUGGAUUAUGGUUGAAGUAAUGUUAUGUCCGACCAAAGAACAACGUUAAUAGACCGUAGUUGGAUUAUGGUUGAAUGUUUGUGUCCGACCAAAGAGCAACAUCAAUACACCGUCGACUCAGUGUGUGUCCUCGAUAUGAGUCAGUUUGAGGUAGCUCACUUUAGUUGCAGCUAAAAGAGAAAUAGAACAUUCUGAGAAGUGGAAGACAUAAAUCCACACACACUCACAUUAGCAGUCAGACAAAGGGAAAUCCAGGACACACAAAUACACAUGCCGACAUUAGCUGUCAGACAAAGGGAAAUCCAGGACACACAUAUACACAUGCCGACAUUAGCUGUCAGACAAAGGGAAAUCCAGGACACACAAAUACACAUGCCGACAUUAGCUGUCAGACAAGGGGAAAUCCAGGACACACAUAUACACAUGCCGACAUUAGCUGUCAGACAAGGGGAAAUCCAGGACACACAUAUACACAUGCUGACAUUAGCUGUCAGACAAAGGGAAAUCCAGGACACACAUAUACACAUGCCGACAUUAGCUGUCAGACAAAGGGAAAUCCAGGACACACAAAUACACAUGCCGACAUUAGCUGUCAGACAAGGGGAAAUCCAGGACACACAUAUACACAUGCCGACAUUAGCUGUCAGACAAGGGGAAAUCCAGGACACACAUAUACACAUGCCGACAUUAGCUGUCAGACAAGGGGAAAUCCAGGACACACAUAUACACAUGCCGACAUUAGCUGUCAGACAAGGGGAGAUUUAGGACGAGCGUCGCAAACGUAAAACCAAGGCAUACUGUCAGUACCGCUGUUUUUUUUUUUUUGUUGGUCAGUACCGCUCUGACACGUAGCGUUGACCCAUAAGAGGUAGACUAGUCUGGGGCGGGGAGACAGUUACUGAUUUAUGUGUCUGAAGGCAGCUCUAUGGCCGUGAAAUAAAUCAGACAUGACUGGUUGCGAGACCAUUUCAUUACUGCUGAUUUAUGCCCCGGAAGUCAGAGAAGAAAACCACCCUCAUGAUGAUGUCUCACCCUCUAUGACAGUGGUUUUCAACCAUUGUGCCGCAAAACUUUUCCUAAUCUUGAUAACACACGCUUAUAAACGUGACCUGUGGAAUGAAUGUGGGAUUUUGACUUGGGGGCACCAGUGUCGCUAGAAAGAAAAUCUAUCAGAUAAUACAUUGAAUGGCACACAUGGUUACAUCUGUAUCGUUGUUUCAAGUCCGGUUCACUGGAGCUGUUGUUACAUUUGGAUAAUUUGAGGGGCGCAUAUCAUGAGCAAAGUAAUUAGUAUCAUUUUACUUCGCCUGUGAGAACCAUUAGCACAGGCAAGUGUGAUGAGGCUUAGCAGUACCACAACCUCUGCCACAGAAACAAACCGAGCAUGGCUUUGUGUCUGUGGAUGCACCUUUACAAUACAGAAAACCGCUCGUCUCUAGACCUUUCCGUUCAAAAAUAAGACCUAUUUUACCGGAGCUACAUGUUUUUCUUUCUAUCUGAGAUUUGCGGGAUGCUCUUAAACCGGUACACACAAAUUAACCAUCAGGACUAGGCCUAAGGAACUAUGAAAAUAGUUGAAAUACACCCAGUUUAAUCUAUGAAAAAUGGUUGUCACAGAAAAGUCAUGAUUUGCAGUAUGGAUCAGAUAAGAUGGAGGUCAUUAACACUUAAUAAAUUAUUAGGAAAAGUUUAGGUGUGCCACAUAAUUUUUUAUCCCAUCAAUGUGUGCCACGGUUAAAAAAAGGUUGGGAACCAGUAUGAAAAUCUAUGCACUCACUAACUGUAAGUCGCUCUGGAUAAGAGCGUCUGCUAAAUGACUAAAAUGUAAAUGUAAAAUGUAACCACUGCUCUAUGACAUCAUGCCUUUGGGUGGGAACAAUCAUUACAACACUGUACUGGGGUUAGGGUGAAGUUCAUUCAAUGAAGGGAAUAAUCAUUGUCUUACGAUAUGAGUGAUGCCACCUGUCGGAAAACAAAGGAGCGUCAUAAAAAAUGUGUUUUUUUUAACUGAAGCACAGAAAUGCACAGUGUAGCUGUUUGCAUUUUAUUGCACAGUAAACUAGAAGUUGGUAUUAUUACACAAUAUGUUUUUGCCACUUAUUUUAAAUAAUUCCUAUAACAUUGGGACUACUAUGUAUGAAAUGGUACCUCAUGGUGUUCAUUUCAAUGAAUCCCAAAGAAACCGAGGACAUUUGGUAAUAAUAAUUGGUAAAACUAAAUUGUUACCACACAAAUAAACACUGUCUAUAGGAUACUGUGAAAUAUCAUGCUACCAUGCAGAAUGUUGUUGUUUGUUUACAUAGCCAGUGGGCAAAACUGGUUGAGAUAACAUCAAAAUAACCUCAUUUCAACCAGUUUGUGGUUGUAAUAAGAUCAUUUCAACCAGCUUGUGGUUGUAAUAACAUCAUUUCAACCAGCUUGUGGUUUCACCUUACAGUGAAAUGCUUACUUACAAGCCCUUAACCAACAAUGCAGUGUCUAUUUUUCACUUAACACUUAUUUUUCUUAAAACUGCAUUGUUGGUUAAGAGCUUGUAAGUAAGCAUUUCACUGUAAGGUCUACAGUGCCUGUUGUAUUUGGCACGUGUGGCAAAUAACAUUUGAUUUGAUUUGAAUAACAUAAUAACGUCAUUUCAACCAGCUUUGCCUGAAGGGUAGGUUUUGGUGUCUAUGAGCUAAUGGGGUCGCAACGUCCCACACUGCAUUUCUAUUCGCCUAGCUUUCCUAUUGUCUUGUUACAGAACCGCACUUUGUAUAUCAGUAAAUUGCAAGCCACUAUCAUAGAUAAAAGCUUUGGCUAUCAGGUCAAGUGGUUGAAUUGAGAGAAUAAAAUACUCUAAGCGGGUAUGCACGCUUACUGCUUUGUUUUGCUCUGACAAGCAUAUUUUUCAUCUCCCUAUCUCUCUCUCUCUCUCUCUCUCUCUCUCUCUCUCUCUCUCUCUCUCUCUCUCUCUCUCUCUCUCUCUCUCUCUCUCUCUCUCUCUCUGGUAUGUCCAUCUGUCUGCCUGUCUGUGUUGCUGCUACUAGUGUCUGUGGCUCCUCCCCCUCCUAUGGUCCAGCUGACUCCUCAGAUUCCUCUGACGGGCUUUGUGGCCAGAGUGCAGGAGACCAGUAAGUAACACACACGCACACAAGCACACACACACACACACACACACAUUAUGUUCUUCUGUCCUCUUGGGGACCUAAAAUUAAUUUAUAUUUAAAAUCCUAUUUUCCCUAACCCUAAACCUACACCUUACCAUAUCUCUAACCUUAACCCUAACCCAAACCCUAAAACUAAACCUAACCCAAAACCUAACCACUAACCAGUAACCCUAACCCAAACCCUAAACCUAACCACUAACCAGUAACCCUAACCCAAACCCUAAAACUAAACCUAACCCUAAACCUAACCACUAACCACUAACCACUAACCCUAACCCUAACCCAAACCCUAAAACUAAACCUAACCCUAAACCUAACCACUAACCAGUAACCCAAACCCUAAAACUAAACCUAACCGUAACCUAACCACUAACCGCUUACCCUAAUUGUAACCCUAAACCUAACCCCUGAGCUUAAAAUAGCCUUUGUCCUCAUGGGGACGUGGGAAAUGUCCCCAUGAGGGAGAAUUGUCCUUGUUUUACUAUCUUUGUGGGGACAUUUGGCGAUUUUAGGUCCCCACAAGGAUAGAAGAACCAACACACACACACACAGGUAACAGCACCACUCCCUCAGCCUUACAUUUCACACUGUCACCUAUUAGUGCUCUUUUAUGCUGUCUCUGUCAUGUCUUUUUCCUACGCUGGCUACUGCCUUUAGACACACCCCUCCGAUGUUUUGUCUGUUGCCAUGGUCACUGAGAGACAGUGGCGAGGGUUAUAUGGUUCUAUCUUUGUCCUCUGAAAACACGUGACUUAACGUUUGGAAAACUGCAUAGUGUCAGCCAAGUCAAACACGGUUUUAAUCAGACUGGGCACGUCUCAGGGACCCUCCCAAUCCCUAGCUGUGUCCUUGUCCAGGUGACUUUAGUCAUUAAUCCAGCUUUCAAAUGACAGUUUCAUCCUUACUUUCCUUAUUUUGCAUAUGCAUUUCACCUCGAGGAGCCCAACUAGCCAUAUCUGAACAACUGUGUGUGUCUCAUACAUAUAAUAAGAGAAGACACUGCGUUCUGUCAUGCCAUCUGCUGGACAGUAUCGGUCAUCACACGUCUAAAAGAUCAGGCUCAUGCAUGGCAUAGAAUAGAAUUGAAUAGAAUAGACAAGAAUAUUGGUAUAAUAGAAUACAAUGGCGAUAGAAUAGAAUACCGAUAGAAUAUAAUAGAAUGAAAUAGAAUACUGGUAGAAUACAAUAUACACUGAGUGUACAAAACAUUAGGAACACCUUCCUAAUAUUGAGUAGCACCCUCCUUUUCCCCUCAGAACAGCCUCAAUUCGUCGGGUCAUGGACUCUACAAGGUGUCGAAAGCGUUCAACAGGGAUGCUGGCUCAAUGCUUCCCACAAUUGUGUCAAGUUGGCUGGAUGUCCUUUGGGUGGUGGACCAUUCUUGAUAUACACGGGAAACAAUUGAGUGUUAAAAACCCAGCAGUGUCUCAGUUGUCUCAAGGCUUAAAAAUCCUUCUUUAACCUGUCUCCUCCCCUUCAUUUACACUGAUUGACAUCAAUAAGGGAUCAUAGCUUUCACCUGGUCAGUCUAUGUCAUGGAAAGAGCAGGUGAUCCUAAUGUUUGGUACACUCAGUGUAUGUGAAUUCAUGUUUUGUUUGUAUGAUGUUAAGGAGCAGCACACUGGUGGGGGCAGUUUGAAGUUAUUGAAGUUAUUUUUUCCGUUUGGCGUGGCGGAGCUAAGACCAUUUCAGAAAUGUUGUUAAUUAGCUUUUAUUGUUUAAAGAAAUUAUGAAAGAGAUUGGUGUGUUUUUUCACUAUCUAAUCAUGGCAUGGAGUUGUUCAAUGACAGACAUGUAUUUGUUUAAAAUCUAUCACUUGAUGGUUUCAUUUCAGAGAAACAUUAGUUUUUUGCAAAAUGCUAUAUAUCUGCCUCACUGUCAGAGAAAUAAGUAGUACUGCUAGGUAUUACACAGUCAAAUGUAACAAAUAACUACAUUUUAAUAAAGAAAUGUACAAAUUAUACAUUUGUGACAUCAAUAUAAUUAUUUGUAAAGAAUUAUCAUUCAAUACAGUAAUAUGAGAUCUGUGUGUAAAACAGUUACAUUUGACAUUUUAGUUAUUUAGCAAAUGCUCUUAUUCAGAGCGUGUUACAGUGAGUGCAUUCAUCUUAAGAUAGCUAGAUGAGACAACCACAUAUCACAGUACAAUAUACAGGAUAAAAACAUUCCAUUCCAGCUAAACAUUGGAUAUAUAGCAUUUAGCAAAUAAACAUCUAAACUCUAUGAAUACAAAAUCUGAGAACAGUAAUAUUUUACACAAACAUUAAGUUAACCCAUAAGAAAUUAUUUCUGAUGAAAAAACACAAAUGUGAAAAAUUUGUGGAUAUAGCGUUUUGAAAAUAAACUUCCUAUAGAGCUGAAUUUUUCCUGUUUUGCUAGAAUAUAUACAGUGGGGCGAACAAGUAUUUGAUACACUGCCAAUUUUGCAGGUUUUCCUACUUACAAAGCAUGUAGAGGUCUGUAAUUUGUAUCAUAGGUACACUUCAACUGCGAGAGACGGAAUCUAAAACAAAAAUCCAGAAAAUCACAUUGUAUGAUUUUUAAGUAAUUAAUUUGCAUUUUAUUGCAUGACAUAAGUAUUUGAUACAUCAGAAAAGCAGAACUUAAUAUUUGGUACAGAAACCUUUGUUUGCAAUUACAGAGGUCAUACGUUUCCUGUAGGUCUUGACCAGGUUUGCACACACUGCAGCAGGGAUUUUGGCCCACUCCUCCAUACAGACCUUCUCCAGAUCCUUCAGGUUUCGGGGCUGUCGCUGGGCAAUACGGACUUUCAGCUCCCUCCAAAGAUUUUCUAUUGGGUUCAGGUCUGAAGACUGGCUAGGCCACUCCAGGACCUUGAGAUGCUUCUUACGGAGCUACUCCUUAGUUGUCCUGGCUGUGUGUUUCGGGUCGUUGUCAUGCUGGAAGACCCAGCCACGACCCAUCUUCAAUGCUCUUACUGAGGGAAGGAGGUUGUUGGCCAAGAUCUCGCGAUAAAUGGCCCCAUCCAUCCUCCCCUCAAUACGGUGCAGUCGUCCUGUCCCCUUUGCAGAAAAGCAUCCCCAAAGAAUGAUGUUUCCACCUCCAUGCUUCACGGUUGGGAUGGUGUUCUUGGGGUUGUACUCAUCCUUCUUCUUCCUCCAAACACGGCGAGUGUUUUGUCUCAUCAGACCAUAUGACCUUCUCCCAUUCCUCCUCUGGAUCAUCCAGAUGGUCAUUGGCAAACUUCAGAUGGGCCUGGACAUGCGCUGGCUUGAGCAGGGGGACCUUGCGUACGCUGCAGGAUUUUAAUCCAUGACAGCGUAGUGUGUUACUAAUGGUUUUCUUUGAGACUGUGGUCCCAGCUCUCUUCAGGUCAUUGACCAGGUCCUGCCGUGUAGUUCUGGGCUGAUCCCUCACCUUCCUCAAGAUCAUUGAUGCCCCACGAGGUGAGAUCUUGCAUGGAGCCCCAGACCGAGGGUGAUUGACCGUCAUCUUGAACUUCUUCCAUUUUCUAAUAAUUGCGCCAACAGUUGUUGCCUUCUCACCAAGCUGCUUGCCUAUUGUCCUGUAGCCCAUCCCAGCCUUGUGCAGGUCUACAAUUUUAUCCCUGAUGUCCUUACACAGCUCUCUGGUCUUGGCCAUUGUGGAAAGGUUGGAGUCUGUUUGAUUGAGUGUGUGGACAGGUGUCUUUUAUACAGAUAAUGAGUUCAAACAGGUGCAGUUAAUACAGGUAAUGAGUGGAGAACAGGAGGGCUUCUUAAAGAAAAACGAACAGGUCUGUGAGAGCCGGAAUUCUUACUGGUUGGUAGGUGAUCAAAUACUUAUGUCAUGCAAUAAAAUGAUAAUUAAUUACUUAAAAAUCAUACAAUGUGAUUUUCUGGAUUUUUGUUUUAGAUUCCGUCUCUCACAGUUGAGUGUACCUAUGAUAAAAAUUAUAGACCUUUACAUGCUUUCUAAGUAGGAAAACCUUCAAAAUCGGCAGUGUAUCAAAUACUUGUUCUCCCCACUGUAUAUGUAGGAGUUUUUCCUGGUCAGGUCACAUGGUCAGGAGAAACGCUAGGCCAUAAUAUAGAGAAAUAGUAAUGGCGUCUUUUUGUAGGGACUAACUCCGCCAUGGUUUGUUGGACAAAGCCUAAAUGAAUGGCAUUUUUAUAGGGUUUUUGGAUAAAUGCCGAAAAUAAGGUCUAUGUGAUAAACAAAGAUUUAGGAGAUAUUGUAUGUUUUGUUCUAUGAGAUAAUAUUAAUCAGCUAACGUCACUUUUUGUGAAUUUUUAAGCAUUUAUGUAAUUUUAAAAAGCACAUAAAGCAUAAAGGUCAUGUUAACUGACUGAUAUUAUCUCAUAGAACUAAACGUAUAAGCUCUGCCAAGCCUGUGUUAACCUCACACAUUACUUUCAGCGUUUAUCCCAAAACCCUAUUUUUUCCCCAUUCAUUUUUCCCAUAGGAAUGGCUGAACGAAUCAGAGGUAACUCAUUUCCGUUUUUUAGGACUACAAGCUGGCGAGCUCUAUUGAUGUCACACAAAGAAAUAGAAUUACUAGAACAGACUUCCCUAUGAAAUUGUCCUUCCAUAAUGUCACAUUUAUUUUCCUCUCCCCUUCUGUUCAGUAACAGACAGCCCGGCCCCCCCUCCACCGCCCCCUCCCGAGGACGUGGUCAUGUUUGAGGAGCCCUCGCCCCCUCCCCCGCCCCCGCCCGUGGACUACCAGGGGGAUGAGGAGGCGGCCGUGGUGCACUACAGUGACCCUUAUGCUGACGGAGACCCCCACUGGGCCCCCAAGGCCUACGUAGAGAAGGGUGAGUUUGACUGUUACCCCCCGGAACUUCAGCGACGUCAUACAAAGACGAGUCACUGA